AUGAAUGGGGUAGCCAAAACACCGAGCCAUGUAGCCUCACAGAAGACGAAGGAGCCCUCGACCUCCUCACCUAACUACUUUGGUCUUGCCGUCAACAGCAAUGCCGACCACUUCUCUUCUAGUGCAGCCCAGCACAUUCGCGGAAACUGGAGCCCGCCAACUUCGAAUGUGCGCUCUACAGCCGCUGCCUCUCCGCGGAUAAUACCCGUCGAGCAGAAUCCCGAGUUUGAGCAAUUUAGGAAACAGUCGGAAAACAACAGAGCAUUUGCCCUGGGCAGCUUCGACUUUGCCUCGCCCGGCCUAAAAGCACAAUCCAAGAGCCCAUUCUUCACCAACAUCGACUCCGCACAGCCCUCAUACUCACAGUCACAGUCACAGUCAAUGCCACCGCCCGACCGACCAGGCGAUAAGAGCGAUACAAGCGACGAGCAAGAGUUCGCUCCCAAGCCCCGUUCCCCAAAGCGCAUGUUGUCGACCGAAUCCUCCAUGUUCCCUGACCGGCCGCGACGAAACUCUCCAGCCAGUUUUGAUGGGCCUGGCCGCUCAGAUGCCGUUGCCCAGUUUGCCGAACCCGGUAUCCCACGGCCGUCGUUACCUUCGAAAAAGACGCAUCCUCAGCAUAUAUCAAUAUCCACCCACCGGGCCGAAACACUUCCCGCACAUUUCGAGGAAGAAGGCAGCAACACUACCGGUCCUACCAUGGUCACUGCUCAACACAUCAUCAACAUCCUACAAUCUUCUACUGAUGAGAUCCUUCUGCUUGACCUCCGAGUGUCAACACAAUAUGCCAAGGCUCGCAUAACGGGCGCCUUGAGUCUCUGCAUUCCUACGACUCUUCUUAAGCGCGCUUCUUUCAAUGUCCAGAAGCUAGCCGAGACCUUCAAAGACGACGAACAAAGGGACAAGUUUGAGCGAUGGAGGAGCAGCAAACACAUCAUAGUAUAUGACGCCAACUCGUCGCAAAUGAAGGAUGCCACAACCUGCAUCAACACUCUCAAGAAGUUUACCAACGAAGGUUGGACAGGUGGCACGUUUAUCAUCCGUGGUGGUUUCCAAGAAUUUGCCGAAAAGUUCCCAGCUUGGAUCACACACCAAAGCUCUGGAAGUCCGACCUCCGGCACCGCCGCUCUCAAUCUCAACUCCGAUCUUCCUGCUGUUGCACCCGUUAUUGGUGGGUGCCCCAUGCCCGCAACCCAGAACGCUGCGAACCCCUUCUUUGGCAACAUCCGUCAAAACAUGGAUCUCAUUGGUGGAGUUGGGCAGAUGCCCGUCAAGCUGCCAGCCGGCAUGACCCAGUCAGUAGAAGAUGAUCUUCCACAAUGGCUCCAGAACGCAUCUGAGGAGCAGGACAAGGGCAAGACAGUUGCGGAACGGUUCUUGCAAAUCGAGCAGCGCGAACAGAAGCGCAUGCAAAAGGCUUUGUCUGGUGAGGUCGUCUACAAUGCUCCGUUAUCAUCAGAAGGUACUGGGCAACACAUUCAGAUUGCGGGUAUCGAGAAGGGUUCGAAGAAUCGCUACAACAACAUCUGGCCAUACGAACACACCCGUGUCAAGCUUGAAGGAGUUGAUGAAGGGAGCUGCGAUUAUGUCAAUGCCAACCACGUACAAGCCGCGUAUUCCAAUAAACGUUACAUCGCAACGCAAGGACCCAUCCCGGCUACCUUCAAAGACUUUUGGAACGUUGUAUGGCAGCAAGACGUCCGCGUUAUUGUCAUGUUGACUGCUGAGCAAGAAGGUGGACAAGUCAAGGCGCACAACUACUGGUCGGAUAAACGAUAUGGCCAUCUACACCUCAACCCACUCGGUGAACGUAGGGCAUCUCUGGAGCCAUCGAAGAUCUACCGCCAUAGGGAACAGUCAAGGCCGUCCAUGGGCCAGCGCAGGUCAACAAACCCGCCGAAACUUGCCAACUUCACCAAGGAAGCUACCACCGGCUCUCCUAGCCAGGAGCAGCCCUAUGUUAUCGUACGCAAGUUCACUCUGUCGAACGAUGAUGAACCUUUCGCACGUAUGCGCGAAAUUACACAGUUACAGUACUCCCAUUGGCCUGACUUCGGAGCGCCAGCCCAUCCUACGCAUCUGCUCGGCCUGAUCGAGCAGACUGAUGCUGUUGUCCGUUCGGUCAAUGGUGGCUCACCUUCGCAGCCCGACCCGCCUAACAGCCGUCCGAUCAUAGUACACUGCUCGGCCGGAUGUGGCCGUACCGGUACUUUCUGCACAGUCGACUCCGUUUUGGAUAUGCUCAAGCGGCAACGACAGGCUCGCAACGCCAGGCAAACCACACCAAUGGACACCGACGACAAACUAGCCAAGAACGAGCGUGAAGAGGGCAGCUGGGUGAACAACGAAGAGAUCGAUCUCAUUGCGAAGACGGUAGAAGACUUCAGACUGCAGCGUCUGAGUAUGGUGCAAAGUCUGCGACAGUUCGUGCUAUGCUACGAGAGUGUGAUGGAAUGGCUCGUGGAGCAGCACCCCAAGUCUGCGUAG